UCAGGACAGGUCUCCAAGUGGAUAACACAAAGGCGAGGAGAAGCUUCUCUGGAUCAAAUUUAAAACAAUCGGACUAUUCUUGUACAUUUUCCUCUUACGGAUUAUAGAACAAGCAAAGCCUGUAAGUGAUUUGAUAUUAAUUUAUCACUUCUACUUGCGUGGAAUGGCUCAUAUUUAAGCAUUUUUACUGCCGGGAGCUGCUCUGUUUAUCUUGAGAAUGGAUAUCGUAAAUCUUGAAUAGAUUUACAGGAAGAUAAAAUUGAAAACAUGCCCGUGUCAAGGAUGAGGAUGAGGCCAUGGCUGGAGCAGAUGAUCGAGUCAAACUCCAUUUCGGGUCUGACUUGGGUGGACAAGGAUAAGACGAUGUUCUCAAUUCCCUGGAAGCAUGCAGCUCGACACGGCUGGGAGCUGGACAAGGACGCCUGUCUGUUCAAAAAAUGGGCCAUCCACACAGGAAAGUAUGUGGAAGGUCAGAUCUGUGACCCAAAGACAUGGAAAGCCAACUUCCGCUGUGCAAUGAACUCACUGCCUGACAUCGAGGAGGUGAAAGACAAGAGCGUCAACAAAGGCCACCAAGCCAUGCGCGUCUUCAGGAUGUUGCCUGCCACCCUAAAAUCUAGAGAUAAACGAAGCAAAGCAAAGGAAACAAAGCCGAGGAAGAAGAGCUCAAUGAUCAAGAUGGAGGAAGACAUGGACUACAGUGAUACUCAGUCUCCCAUGGAUGGGUCAAUGCCGGAAGACACUUUGUCCACUCAGGAGAACACAGUGGACAGCACAGUGCACACAGAGCACCAAGAUUUCCCAUUUGUGGCUCCAUCUGAUGUCCCUGACUGGUCUUUGUCAGUUGAGAUCGGGGCUGAGAGCUUGCUUAAUAACAUCUGCCACAGAUUUGAAGUUUCACCUGAACACAGCCCCGAUCACGACUAUACCGACGACAUUAUCCAGAUUUGCCAGCAACUGGAGAAAGACUCACACUGGAUGUCAAGCAGUUUAGACGGCAGGGGGUUCCUGAGCAAUGAAGCAUGCACCAGUCCAGGGAGCCAGUGGAGUGAAUCUUCCUCAGUCGACGAACUAGAUGACUUGCCACAUUACACAACUUUGGGCUCAGACCUCACAAUUCCCACAGACGACCUCUGGAACAGCUUUUGUCAACAGAUGCCCCCCAUGCUCUGAGGGCUUCAGGACAGGAAAGGACAGUGCUUUGACACUUUGGACUUUUAUAGAACUCUUCCUGCCCACCAUAUUUCCCAUCUGAGCCCUCUUCUCUCAGUUGAAUCACCCAUCAUCAUCUUUCCAGUCCAUGAUGGAUGGUGUCCACACUUUAAGCUAAAACAACCCCCCCCCCGGGACAUGUGUUUAACACUGUGCAGUUCAGAGAGCUUUCUUUACCUCCCUCAACCUUUCUGUGAAGUUAUGAAGAGAAGUUGUGAAAUGCACUGCUGUGUUAGAAGAACUCACAUGCUGUUCAUUUCCUAUGUUUUUGGCUGGUUCAAGGCAUUUUGGUGCUCAGUUUUUUGUGACGAGUUGUACUAGCACAUAAAUCUGCAGGGCAUGUACAUGAACAUACUCAGCCAUGAAUACAUACGAGGUAGCAAAUACUUACUGCAAAAUGCAAAUAGGAUCAUAUUCAGUAUGCUGAAUACUGACAUAUAUAACAUUUGACAGGUAGUUAAUGCAUAGUGUCAAAUAAUUAUCACAUAAAAUCUAUUUUUCCGUUAUGUGCAAAAGUGAAUUUUAGUUUAGGGGCUAAGAAUACAUUUUUACAAACCUCUCAACUUCUGGUGAAAGCUCUACGUCAAAAUCCUUUUUUUUUUUGCUUAAGGCAGUUGUAAAUGAUUUCUGUAUAUAGCUGUGUUGGUUUGUGUGUUUUUAUAAAAUAAAAUAACUAAAUGUGAA